CUCAGGCAGAUUGAAGAGAGCUGUCCUGACAACACGCGCUCAUGAGAGGGCUUAUAUUGUGAUUAUAUGAUUGUUAGUUCGCCCAGCUGUAAACAACGACAACUGCCAAGUAAGCAACGACAUUGUGGCAGUUAAGAGAGAGCUGCUCUCGUUGCAAGGCACCAUUUUUUGGUAACCUGAAGGGGAGGAGAAAAAACCUGCGCAUUCCUCCACGCAGAGAGCCAGACAGGGAUACCAACCGACAGACUGAACGGGGGAGGGAGAGCUGGAAGCGCCUCUCCAUGAAGUGGACCGAUGAAUUCACCCUCAGAGGCAAGGGAUAGACGACCUGUCAGAUGUUUUGGCUUUAUCAAAGACUCGCUGUGGUUGUUUUUUAAUAUCUAGGUGACUCGAGGCACACUAUGAGGUCGCUGCUUUGAUGAAUAAUUUACGGUCUCUCGGUCCAAGGCUCGCGCAGCGACUACAAAACCCCAGACGCUGCCUGACCAGAUACCUAUGGUGGACUUCAGGCCCGUUUGGUUCUAUUUGUUUUUUCCUAAAGUGGAGAGCAUGAAAUACAAGAAAAGUGUGAAUUCUGUUUCGUUAGUCUAGGUGCUGCUAAGUAGCGCUGAGCCCAGAAAUCAUGUUGCCCAGUCGGUGGGGGAGGAGAGACGGAGGUUCUAGUUCUAGUACUUCCAACACCGAUCCAGAGUCACUCCAUUUUUGAGUUUAUUUAAAGAAUCGCCAUCGGAAACCUACUCUUUGCAGACGAAUCGUAACAUUUUUUGAAUGCUUCUCGAAACCGCCUUACAUAACUUGAGUUGAGCUCAGAUCUUUUAUUUAGUUAUAUCUGUAACUGUUUAAGUGUUUUGGAGAACUGGCUACCUCCUUGUUUUGCAUCCGACAAACUCUUAUAAAAAUAGAUUUCAAACUCAAUCCAUUUAGCACAGUUUCACAGCUGAACUGGCUAUAAAUACCUCAUUAAUCUACCUCAGAUGCCACAUUAUCUUCUGUAUGUCACGACGGGCUGAUGUGUCCUCAAAUGAAUACCUCAACCUCAUUCCUACGCGUGUUGUGAACUGAGCCUUGUUUCGCUGCAGAUGGCUUCGUUUCCAGACUCGGACCUGCAGACGUGCCCGCUCUGCAAGGAGUUAUGUGGCUCCUCAGCUCCAAUCUCCUCUAGCUCUUCUACCUCAUCCUCCUCCUCGCAUAACUCCUCCACCUCCAGCCAGACCUCAAAGAGGCUCCACGUCCUGCCCUGCCUGCACACCUUCUGUAGGCAGUGCUUGGAGGGUCAGCGCAGUCCCAGUGACCCCCUCAAGCUUCGCUGCCCCACCUGCGAUCAGAAAGUCUCCAUCUCUGAGGCCGGGGUAGACUCCCUUCCUUCCUCAAACUUCCUCUUCAGCAACCUGCUGGACGUGGUGGUGAGCUCAGAUGAUCAGAUCCAGAAUAAGAAUGGCCACCACCAUCGGGGAGGCUUAAUGGGAGGCUCCUCUGCUUUCCAUCCUCAUGGAGGCUUGCUGCAGCCACACAACAUGGGAGAGCCUCAAUGCAGCUCUUGUGAUGAGGAGAACACAGCUACAUCCCACUGCCUUGACUGCCAGGAGUACCUCUGUGACAACUGUGUGCGGGCACACCAGCGGGUACGGCUGACCAAGGACCACUUCAUUGAGCGCCUGGGAGAGAGUUUCCACCUCGGCCGGGUCAACAGUAACGCAGGCCAGCCAGGAGUGUCCGUGUCCCUCGCCCAGUCCCUGCAGAACAACUUCGCCCUGCUGUCCCUGUUCCAGGAUCGCAUGAGCUUCUGCCAGCACCAUGACAGCGAGGUGUUUCUGUUCUUCUGUGAAACCUGUUCAGUGCCCAUCUGCAGGGAGUGUAGCGUGGGCCGUCACAUGGGUCACUCUUCUGUGUACUUGCAAGACGCCGUGCAGGACUGCAGGACCAUCACGAUCCAGCUGCUGGCAGAUGCACAGCAAGGACGUCAGGCGGUGCAGCUAAGCAUGGAGAAGGUUCAGGCCAUGGCAGAACAGGUGGAGAUCAAGGCGAAGGUGGUGCAGACUGAAGUGAAGGCCCUUGUCCUGAGACAUAAAAAGGCGCUGGAGGAGAGGGAGUGUGAACUUCUUUGGAAGGUGGAGAAGAUCCGUCAGGUGAAAGCAAAGUCUCUGUACCUACAGGUGGAGAAACUCCACCAGAGUCUGACCAAAUUAGACAGCACCAUUGCUGCUGUGAGCCAAGUACUGGAUGAGGGCCACCACCUUGAUGUGCUGUUAGCCAGGGAACGUAUGCUGACCCAGAUCCAUGAACUGAAGGCCCUCAGAGGUCUGCUGCAGCCACAAGAGGACGACCGCUUCAUGUUCACUCCUCCAGACCAGGCUUUGUACAUAGCCAUCCAGUCCAUGGGCUUGAUCAGCAGUGGAGCAUUUGCCCCGGUCACCAAAGCUCACGGUGAGGGUCUGAAAACUGCGCUUCGUGGCAAACCCGCCUCCUUCACCGUAAUUGGAUACAAUCACGAUGGCGAACCUCGUCUUUCUGGCGGAGAUACGGUGUCUGCAAUGGUCAUGUCGAUCGCUGAUGGUAACCUGUCUGCAGUGGAGGUGACAGACCACCAGACUGGCUCCUACAGCGUCAGCUACCUCCCCAAAACUGAGGGGGAACACCUGGUGUCUGUGUUGGUCUCUAACCAGCACAUCCAGGGCAGUCCCUUCAAGGUGAUGGUGAAGUCGGGCCGGAGCUACGGGAACCUCGGCUCCCAAGUGUCGUCCUUUGGAUGUGAGGGUGAGGGAGAUGGGCAGCUGUGUCGUCCCUGGGGCAUCAGCGUUGACAAAGAGGGAUACGUGGUGGUGGCUGAUCGCAGCAACAACCGCAUACAGAUAUUCAAGCCUUGUGGUACCUUUCACCAUAAAUUUGGCUCUCUGGGUUCUCGGCCUGGUCAGUUUGAUCGUCCAGCAGGGGUUGCAUGUGACAGUCAGAGACGAAUCGUUGUGGCUGAUAAGGACAAUCACCGUGUGCAGGUGUUUACUUUUGAGGGCCAGUUCCUGCUGAAGUUUGGAGAAAAGGGUACCAAGAAUGGGCAGUUCAACUAUCCCUGGGAUGUGGCUGUCAACUCUGAGGGCAAGAUCCUGGUCUCAGACACCAGGAACCACCGCGUGCAGCUCUUCGCCCCAGACGGCUCUUUCCUCAACAAGUACGGCUUUGAAGGGGCCCUAUGGAAACACUUUGACUCCCCCAGAGGAGUAGCCUUUAACCACGAAAACCACCUGGUGGUGACCGACUUCAACAACCAUCGGCUCCUGGUCAUCAGGCCGGACUGUCAGUCAGCUCGCUUCCUGGGCUCUGAGGGCACGGGGAACGGGCAGUUUCUGCGGCCUCAGGGCGUCGCUGUGGACCAAGAGAACCGCAUCAUCGUGGCCGACUCCCGCAACCACAGAAUCCAAGUAUUCGAGUCCAAUGGAAACUUCUUAUGCAAAUUCGGCACACAGGGGAGCGGCUUUGGACAGAUGGACCGCCCAUCUGGAGUGGCUGUGACGCCGGACGGAGUCAUUGUGGUCGUUGACUUUGGAAAUAACCGCAUCCUCAAGUUCUGAAAAGAAAAACUAUUUUUGCAUUCUCUCCCUCCAUUUACCCGUUUUUGCUUUUUUUUUUUUUUUUUUCUUCUUCGGUGAAGGAAAUGGAGGCGAGAGAAUGAAUCAACAGGAAGGAGGCGAGUUCAUAGAGGACUGAGAGCCUGUUGGAAUGAAGGGAAAUUAAAACUGUAGAUAAUUUCCUUCAAGUUCAGAUAUACAACAACAACGGGGACCUCUACAAAUCGAUAAUCAGUAUAAAAACGAGCCAUAUUUCUUUUCUUGACUCGCUGGCUCUCAGUCCUCUUGUCAGCUCUCCUCUGGUCUACAUCUCAGGGAAUUUCUCACUUCUUGAAAUCUUGUACCCUCUGCUCAAUACCUACCUCAUUUUAGCUCUUUAUGAAUGUACUCAUAGUCACUGAGCAGAGGUUUUAGUCCGUGAAGUUUUACAAAGAAGAAAGUCUACCUCUAUACUUUGUUAUUUAAAGAGAGACAAAAAAGAAUAGACUCUUCGGGUUGAUAUUUGCACAGGAUUAAUGGAAUUUGUUCUGUGCAUUUUGAAAUAUGCGUUAAGGUGAACCUCCUGAAUGUUGUUGCUGAGACAAUACUCAGACCGCUGUAGAGGCUGCAUGAUUCCUUCUCAUUAGAAGACUUCGCUGAGAGAGAAAACUAGGGUUCAGUAGUGUUCGUUUCCUGUUUUAGGCUAGUUAGUUUUUUUUUUUGUUGUUGUUUUUUGCUUUUGUAGAUUGAACCCUCUCUCUGUGUAGAUCUGUGGAGUUUCCAAUGUCAUGAUAGCCGAGGAAGACUGUGUGACGAGAUGCCAAACUUGAUAGAAUCAAAAUUAGCUCAGGUCAUCAUAGGACUGAUUGAAAUUAUCAGUACUUUUCAGGCUCUCUUUCUAGCUUCACUGGCUAAUGCUGAUUUGAUGAAUUUAUUGAUGAUUAUAAAUAUAAAGUUUAGGAAAUCAGCUCUAAAAUGAUCCCUGAAAUGAUCCCCCAACGAUAUCAUUAUUCAAAUUAUCUGAUUGUUCUCCCAACUCCCCCAAAACAUAUUUCUUAAGACUAGACGAUGGUUUUGGUAAAUGUAAAGCCCAAACUGUGUAGUCAGUUAUGUAAACAAAAGUUAUAUGCAAGAAGAGCAGCAUCUUCUCAAAUGGGAGGACAUGCGAAUGAUUUCAGAGUUAAAUCGUAGAGAUUUAAUCAUAUAAUACCUUUUAGACGAGGCAUGCUGUGUGACAAAAGCCUUAGACUUAGACGCCUAAUUUGGCCGUCCAGAGGACAUUAAUGACAUCCAAUUAUAAGGCCUAAAAUAACAAUCUCUUGGAUUUAGUUGUGGUUAAAAGCCACGCCCUUUGGCUCCUGGGGCCCAGGAUUUAGUCCAAUCCAAUGAGAGGGCACUGUAACAAAGCCCUACCCUAUUUAUUUAUGCUUGGAGUUAAGAAGAUGCCUCCAGAUUGAGCGUUAGUAGACCGAUUCCUCUAAAGAUGGAAGUCUGCAGACCAAUUACUAGAGUCAACCAAAGUUAGAAUUUCUGCACAACGGCCAACUUUAUAUUUGGCAAUUAAAUAAAUUUAAAACCCCUCUUUCACAUUCUAUAUUUAUUUUUUUUAAACGACUGUUGUCGGACAAGCCUUAAGUUUCGAAUACUGGUGGAGUUGAGUUCAUCGCAUGUCUGCGUUAGGCUCUGAAGAACGGAGAUCUCGGGUCUUAGAACCGAGGCCCACGGCUGUGUGAUUGAAUGUUGAGGUGUUUGUUUAGCGAAGAUACCGCACCAAAGAGAGACUAUUUCUUCCUCCUUGCAUUCAUUACCUCAGCUCAACGACGUCAUACGGUUUUCAAUACCAGACUGCCCGUUAGGACUGAGAGUAGCGUCUCAGAUUAGCCUUGCUCGAAUGCGAAACUGACUACCAUCCAAAAGAUAGAUUCUAGUUCUCUCUAGUCAACCAUCGAAUCUCCUCACCUCCUCAAAUCAAUGUCCUUCUGAAGCACUAGACAAUUAAUCUGGCUCUGUUAGCCAACUUCCUCAGCUGGCAGAGAAUUUAUGAAACAAAAGUCAGCCUGGCUCUCACCUCUGAGGUGACGGCUGUCUAAGACAUGAUCAGGAUUUACGUCCUCAUUUCUCAGAUAUCCUUAAACUCAACCUCCUUUCUUGUUUACCUCAACUUCUCAAUACCUCAACAAUGUUCCUCAUUGCUGCUGCACAUUUAAACAGUCAAAUACCUCAACUUGUUCAUUCUGAAUACCUCAGUUUUACUCUUAUUUAAGUAUACCUCCUGGAUGUUUUUACCUCACAAAUGUAUACCUCUUCUUCUGUCACACUACAGUACAUGUCCCACACCUCUAGGACCAAAGAUCACGGGCACAGUUUUGAGCAUUUGUAUGACGAAUAUUACCGCUCACUGUUUGCAGCUUUUUUACUCUGCUAAAUCUACUGUAAACUGCUGUUAAUUAUGCCUUUUAUGACCAAGAAACCUAAUAUUUCAGACAAAAACAUGGUGCCAAACUGAUCUGUGAGUUCUGUGCCAAACAGGGUUGGCAUUUGGACCACGCUGUUGUAGACGAAGUGUCACUGGACCAUUAUAUCAUAGAUACAAAUGUAUAGAUCAGAGCAGCUUGAGGAUAAAUCCUUUCCUCUGAUUGGAUGCACUUAAGAGGGCUGGCCCCCCAUUUAUCCUUACCUCAUGAUGAUUAUGAUAAUGACAUAACAGAUUCCACUUGUACUUUGUUACUGUGCGCCAGUGUUGAGGGCUUAGAGGAAGUGGCGUCUUUUUUCUUUUUUUUUUUGUUUAAGAGUUGACAACUUCACAUGUCGCCUUUUGAAAUGCACAUGAAUUACCUCUAAUUUCAGCACAAUUUGACCAAUUUCAGUGUGUAUUUCAGGAUGCUCGAUGUUGGUUGCUGAGGACGUUAAAGAGGAGUCUGAACUCACCCGCUCUGACUGGUAUUAACACAUCAGAGGCCUGCGCCUAAUGUGCGACAGCAGGCUGGUUUGUUAUUUAAACAGAGCAGUUAGCAUGUUGAUGACGAGCCAGUUGAGUCCACAGAGCCCGCUGCUUUGAACGCAACACCUAGUUUCAACCAAUAAGAUUUUUUUUCUCUGCUUUCAGUAUUACUCUGAGAUGGUCACUCAUGUUGCAUCAGGAUUUUUUUUUAUUUUUUUUUAAUUGAGAUUGCAGAAUUCUAUCUUUAAGAUCCUUUGGUCUUCACUCUUAAAGAGGAAAAAUGUAUUUUAAACCUUUAUUUGUGUUUCAUUUUGUUGCAUGCUUUAAAAGUCCUUGUAUUAUACUGAUGUCUCCCAGAUAGGUGUUGAAAAACUCAGAUGGGGUGGGUAGCUGAUUGUUGGGAUGUUUUUUUUUUUCUUCCUUUUCCAAAAUGUAUACCCAAAGAUGUGUAUGUGUGUGUUAGGAUUGCAUUGGAUGGAAUUAACCUUUUUGACUUUUGCGAUUGUAUUUCCUGUUCCCAAGAGGCUCUGCAGAGCACAACCUGCUCGGCCAGCGAUGAUUCGAUUCCUUCGAGUUGACAGUGACAGAGUUUUGGUGCGACGAUUACAUCAUAUUUUUCCUCUUAUCUCCCUUUAAUAUCUAGAAUAUGUGUUGGCAUGUGAACACACUGCCUUUUCACACAGAUGCCCUGUAAUUUAAGGUGCUUGUAAAAGUUUCAAGCAUAAAUCCACAAAGCGGCCAUUUUGAGUUAAAACCUUGUUACGGCAACUGUGGGCGUCAUGUGAGAAGCAUAUAGGGUCCUCCAGCACAAACCAGCAAUCAUCUCCCCUCCUGAAAUCCAGGAAGUGAGGUGAUGGCUGAUGUGUUCAGUAGACUGCACUCCGGCUCAAUUCCCCCUCCUCUUUUUUUCUUCUUUUAUUGGGCCCCUGUGGUUUAUGUCCACCAUUUUAUUUCUGGCCUCAAGACUUUAAGGGAGAUAAGAAACGCAAAGCUGCCCCAGGUCUCAUGUGCAAGGUCAUAGACCUCCUUUUAAUGAUUGUAUACUCUAAAGACAGAAUGGAAAGAAAGGUUUCAAAAUUUAGAAAAAGAAAAAAAAAAAAAACCUAAAUAAAAAAAACUAAAUAAAAAAAAACAAAACAAAAA